GGCCCAUAAUCUAUGGACUUGUAACCCUAAUUUCCUUGAUAUAAAAGCUAUUGUUUUCACUCUCUGCGUUUUUUCUCAAACAAGAAAAUGCAGAUCUUCGUGAAAACCCUAACGGGGAAGACAAUAACCUUAGAGGUAGAAUCAUCAGACACAAUCGACAAUGUGAAAGCGAAGAUCCAAGACAAGGAAGGAAUCCCACCGGAUCAGCAACGGUUGAUCUUCGCCGGAAAACAAUUGGAAGAUGGAAGAACACUAGCUGAUUACAACAUCCAGAAAGAGUCGACGCUUCAUUUGGUUCUACGUCUGAGAGGAGGUGCGAAGAAGAGGAAGAAGAAGACGUACACGAAACCUAAGAAGAUUAAGCAUACGCACAAGAAAGUGAAGCUAGCAGUUCUGCAGUUUUACAAGGUUGAUGGAAGUGGGAAAGUUCAGAGGUUGAAGAAAGAGUGUCCUUCUGUUAGUUGUGGUCCUGGAACUUUCAUGGCGAGUCAUUUCGAUAGGCAUUAUUGUGGGAAAUGUGGAACUACUUACGUGUUCAAGAAGGCUGAUGAAGAGUAGGUUAUGUCUUUUUGCUUUUGGAAUUUAGAUUGUUUUUUUUUUAAUUCAGAUAUUUUGAGAUGGUUUUAUACUAUUGAGGGAUGGUUUAAUUGUUGCAUAAUACAUUAUAUUAUCUUUGAUUAGAAAUUUGAUCAAUUUUUUUUUUGUUUCAUUAUGCUUUGACUGAUGUGGAAAUGUUGAAUUGUGGCUGUAGAAUUAGGACGUUGUGUUGGAACAAUUCUUUGCGACAUUGUUUUAGUUUUAACCUGGAUUAGUGCAAGGCAAAAUUUAGCCAUUAUGUUGAUUCUGAUCAUAUUCUUACACCAAUGUCUUGAAGUUUUGUUGUUG